UGGAGCUCUUACGCUAACUGAAAAUUAACUAGCGUUGAGGCUUGGCAAUAUAAUUUAGCCGUAUUUGGGCAAGAUGGGCUAUUCGCGCUAAAUCCAAUACGGCAAUACCCAGAUCGGUCUUACAUAAGGCACAUCCGCGCCGAGAAACUUCCACCGGGCAUAAAGUCCAGCAACAACCACCAAGUUCAGCUUCAACUUCAACGACAACAAACUACCUCAGGUUUUUACACUGCGCUGUGCGGCAGCUGUCUUCUGUUGUAACAUCGACUCUGCAAAUAAAGAGGCCCAAAAUAGCAGCCAUCAACUCUAGAUACAUAACUCUGUUCUUCCGCCGUACCCGCUACAGGCUUAAUUCUCCAUUUCUCCAUUUGUUUGCCCCCUCUCCAGAGUAUCUUGUAUUUUCACUUCCAACUUGUCACCGCUUAGUCCCCAGCAUUCGUGACGUAUACUCCGGCGCUGCCGUCAAAUCCCCCCGUUUCCGCUUCAGGUGGGGGACCUCCUAGACAAUGAGUCUCAAGGGGCUCCAGAAAUCCGUCGCGCGGGCGCCACAGACCUUCAAAGCUCGCUUCAAUGUUGGAGAGAACACCAAGGAUGCCGUCUACAUCGAUGCUGAACGGAGAUUUCAGGAGUUAGAGAAGGAGACGAAGAAGCUGCACGAUGAAUCAAAGAAGUACUUCGACGCCAUCAAUGGCAUGCUUAAUCACCAGAUCCAAUUCUCAGAAGCUAUCAAAGAACUCUACAAGCCUAUCUCCGGUCGAGCCUCAGAUCCAGAAUCUGCGAUGCCUGAAGGGAACCUGGCAGGAAUCGAGGCCUGCGACGAAUAUGCUUCGAUCGUCCGCGAACUGCAGACAACCCUAGAGCCUGAAUUGGAAUUGAUAAAUUCCCGAGUGGUCCACCCCGCCCAGGAGCUCCUGGAGAUCAUUAAGAUCAUUCGCAAGGUAGCAGUAAAACGACAACACAAACAACUGGAUUACGAUCGGCACCGCGCCACAUUAAAAAAGCUUCAGGAUAAGAAGGACAAGUCGUUAAAAGACGAAAAGGCCCUGUACAAGGCUGAGAAUGAUGUCGAACAAGCGACUGCAGAGUUCAACUACUACAAUGACCUUCUGAAAAAGGAGCUCCCACAACUCUUCCACCUAGAAGCGGAGCUAAUCAAACCACUCUUCCAAUCAUUCUACUAUAUGCAACUUAAUGUCUUCUACACCCUUCACGAACAAAUGCAAGGGAUGAACAUCGGUUAUUUCGACCUAACUUCAGACGUCGAGGAGGCUUUUGAACUAAAACGAGGCGACGUCAAGGAGCGUACGGAGGAGCUUUCAAUCGUCCACUUCAAGACUACCGGCGGCCGUCGACCGGGUUCCAGAUUCCUUCCAGGCGGAAAGGAUAAGCUCGCUGCGGAACAAAAGGCACACCCAUCGCGCCGCACGACGGAUACCUCAGAGAACAACCCACCACCACCCUACUCCGCCCACACCGCAUCUACACUUAUCGGCGGCAGCAGUUCGUUGGCUGCGGCUGCAAAGGCAAAGAAGCCACCGCCUCCACCCAAGCCGGCCCGGCUCGCGGGAUCGUCCCCGCCUAUAGAGACCGUGACAGCGUUAUAUGAUUACGAGGCACAGGCGUAUGGGGAUCUGAGCUUUUCUGCCGGCGAAGUGAUUGAGGUUAUAGAACGGAGUAACAAUGAGAAUGAUUGGUGGACGGGGAGGGUUAAUGGAAAGACGGGGCAGUUUCCAGCAAACUAUGUUAAAUUAAACUAGAGGUCAUUCUUUUAUAUUUGUUUCUUUACCUACCACCCUUCCCUUUAACUACCCAGCUUGUUUUAUCCCCAUCCUCUCUUCAUUCUACGUAUUUGCAUAACAUCAAUAGGAAAGUCAACAUCUUAUCGGUUUAGCAACAUAGCAUAUCGCAUAGUUAUAGUUAUUUUAUCAAAAAUUGGGGCGUACAUAAACAUAACACAUCGCAUAUACCUGGGCGCAUAGCCUUAUCCUACCUACUCCACUUAUAUAAUUGCGAAUCCUACUAAUAACAAUUUUGAAAGGGAUGUACAAUUUUACUUUAUCAUUUAUCUUACUAUCUUACAUACAUGUAUGUUGUAUACGCAAUUCUUCCCACCCCGGUUCGAAUGAUAUUCGUGGUACCAACAUGCCCAUGUUGUCUGUCGUCCUACCGCCGCGGAAUUCCCCUACACCAAAGGCCCCCCAGCGGUGAGUGAUAUCGAUUCGUGCUGAUAGAUAGGUAUUGGUCGAUUAUUAUGGCAUGGCCGCAACAUGGUUGUUGUCCCCUUUCUUCGCAUUCGGACGGACAUUUUGUAUACAGCAACAUCCCUGAUCUGAUCAUAUGAAGGCCCUUCUGACGCUCUCUCGUGAAAUAGUACGGCAUUUACGUAUCAUUUUAGAUUAUGAUAUUGGCUAGUUCAUGGUUUUCUUUCUUUUCUUUCUUUCUUUUCUUUCUUUUCUUUUCUGGCUUAUUUCCUUACUAGGAGGCAUUGGGAUUGAACUGGGAUCCCCAAUAUUGGUAUGUAG